GAGGGAGGGCGUGGGGAGGCAGGCGGGAGAGCACGCUGCCGGGUCCUAUCUCCGCCUUCGCUGCCUCCCAGACGGGAAGUGAGUUCUCUGGCGCACGGUGCCAGCGAGCCAGUGAGAGGGACCUGCAGUCACCUGCUUGAGGAGCAAAAGCAUGGCGGCCGCCAAGGUGGCUUUAACCAAGAGAGCAGAUCCAGCUGAGCUUAGAACAAUAUUUUUGAAGUAUGCAAGCAUCGAAAAAAAUGGUGAAUUUUUCAUGUCUCCCGAUGAUUUUGUCACUCGGUAUUUGAACAUUUUUGGAGAAAACCAGCCUAAUCCAAAGACCGUGGAGCUUUUAAGUGGUGUGGUGGAUCAGACCAAAGAUGGAUUGAUAUCCUUCCAAGAAUUUGUAGCAUUUGAAUCUGUCCUGUGUGCACCAGAUGCUUUGUUCAUGGUGGCCUUCCAGCUGUUUGACAAAACUGGCAAAGGAGAAGUUACUUUUGAGGAUGUUAAGCAAGUUUUUGGACAGACUACAAUUCACCAACGUAUCCCUUUUAACUGGGAUUCAGAGUUUGUGCAGCUGCAUUUCGGAAAAGAACGGAAGAGACACCUGACGUACUCGGAGUUCACUCAGUUUUUGCUGGAAAUACAGUUGGAGCAUGCAAAGCAAGCCUUUGUGCAAAGGGACAAUGCCAGGACUGGAAAAGUCACAGCCAUUGACUUCCGAGACAUCAUGGUCACCAUCCGCCCCCACGUCUUGACACCUUUUGUAGAAGAAUGUCUAGUAGCUGCUGCUGGAGGCACCACGUCCCAUCAAGUCAGCUUCUCCUACUUUAAUGGAUUUAAUUCACUCCUGAACAACAUGGAACUCAUUAGAAAGAUCUACAGCACUCUGGCAGGCAACAAGAAAGAUGUCGAGGUGACUAAGGAGGAGUUUGUUCUGGCAGCUCAGAAAUUUGGUCAGGUUACACCCAUGGAAGUUGACAUCUUGUUUCAGUUAGCAGAUUUAUAUGAGCCACGGGGCCGGAUGACCAUAGCAGACAUUGAACGAAUUGCUCCACUGGAAGAGGGAACUCUGCCCUUCAACUUGGCUGAGGCCCAGAGGCAGAAGAAGGCUUCAGGCGAGUCGUCUCGACCCAUUCUCCUGCAAGUUGCAGAGUCGGCCUACAGAUUUGGACUGGGUUCUGUCGCUGGAGCUGUGGGAGCCACUGCCGUGUAUCCUAUCGACCUUGUCAAAACUCGAAUGCAGAACCAACGAUCAACUGGCUCUUUUGUGGGAGAACUUAUGUAUAAAAACAGCUUUGACUGUUUUAAGAAAGUGCUACGCUAUGAAGGCUUCUUUGGACUGUAUAGAGGUCUGUUGCCACAGUUAUUGGGAGUCGCCCCAGAGAAGGCCAUAAAACUUACAGUGAAUGAUUUUGUGAGGGAUAAAUUUAUGCACAAAGAUGGUUCGGUCCCACUUGCAGCAGAAAUUCUUGCCGGAGGCUGCGCAGGAGGUUCCCAGGUGAUUUUCACAAAUCCUUUGGAAAUCGUCAAGAUCCGUUUGCAAGUGGCUGGGGAAAUCACCACUGGUCCCCGAGUCAGUGCUCUGUCUGUCGUAAGGGACCUGGGGUUCUUUGGGAUCUACAAGGGUGCCAAAGCAUGCUUUCUGAGGGACAUUCCUUUCUCGGCCAUCUACUUCCCGUGCUAUGCUCAUGUGAAGGCUUCCUUCGCGAACGAAGACGGGCAGGUCAGCCCGGGAAGCCUGCUGUUGGCGGGUGCCAUAGCCGGUAUGCCGGCAGCAUCGUUAGUGACCCCUGCUGAUGUUAUCAAGACUCGAUUACAGGUGGCCGCCAGGGCCGGCCAAACCACUUACAGCGGCGUGAUGGACUGCUUCAGGAAGAUACUGCGGGAGGAAGGCCCAAAAGCUCUGUGGAAAGGAGCUGGCGCCCGUGUGUUUCGAUCCUCACCCCAGUUUGGUGUGACUCUGCUGACAUAUGAAUUGCUGCAACGCUGGUUCUACGUCGAUUUCGGAGGAACGAAACCCGUGGGAUCGGAGCCAGUUCCCAAAUCCCGGAUCACGCUGCCCGCUCCCAAUCCCGAUCACGUUGGGGGCUACAAACUGGCAGUUGCAACGUUUGCAGGGAUUGAAAACAAAUUUGGACUCUACUUACCUCUCUUCAAGCCAUCAGCACCUACCUCACAAGUCACUCGUGUCGGCUCCUAGGAGGGCCGACCUUGGGACGUUGCCACGGCUCUGGCGUUACACGGGUAAAGAAUACCCCGUCUCGGACUGAAGCAAUAUUUCAUUCCUUUCAGGUCCAUCUCUUGUUCAGAUUCAAGUCCAGGCUUUUUUAUAAGGGGAAAUCAUUCAUUUGCUCUGUGUUUUCUUUACCAGAUCACUGUAAAAUUAUUCAUAAUCUCUGUGGGCAUCUGCUUACAAACCUCUGUUUGUACCUGACAUUUGCUGGGAUUUUUUUGGUCAACACCCAUGAUUUGGGAGAAAGAGCAAAGCUGCACAGAAAGUAGAGCUUCUCUCCUUGGAUUGGGGUCGCAGUCCCACAGAGGCUACCGAGAGGUACUCAGUGUUCCGUGGGCCUGUAAACUGGUAAGAAACUGGAAGCCAGGAAAAGGGUCAGAAAUAGCCAGCUUAGCCUGGCUUCAGAUUUUAAAUGUGCACUAAUUCUGCUUCUGGAUUAUAUUAUAAAGCUUUUAUUGGAAAUACAGUUGUUUUGUUUUUUUGGUAAUGAAAACCAUAUUGAAGAUAUUUAAUAAUCGCAUUAUGUUACUGAUACCAAGACUACUAGUGAGAAGGCUUUGUCCUUUAGGGAACCCCACUUGGCGUUUUACUACAAAGAGAAGCCAUGAGCUGAGCCCCACUUCUGGGCAUGCGAACGCUGGGUGGCCUCUCGUAGGCUGCGCACGUGCUGGUUACUGCCUGUCGCAACGAACACUAGAAAAGUGCACGCCCCCAUUGGUGCCUGUCCUGGGCCCCUCGCAGUUGGCACCCAAUUGAUUUAAAAUCCACUUUAUCUUGAAUCAUGUAAGACACAUAUACUCUACUGUAAGUUUUUAUUUAAUUUGUGGGGCCUUGCAUAAUGGUCAGAAGAGAAGGCUUGUGUGCUGGUGAAGAAGGAAAUAAACUAUUUUUAAAGCUA